AUGGCGCACGUGUUUGGCGACGAUGAGAAAGAGUCGGACUUUGGCUAUGUCUACAAAGUGUCGGGUCCUUUGGUAAUUGCCGAGAACAUGCACGGGGCCGCCAUGUAUGAGCUGGUCCGUGUGGGCCAUGACAAGCUCGUGGGAGAGAUCAUUAAGCUCGAGAACACCAACGCGUCCAUUCAGGUGUACGAAGACACUUCCGGACUGACAGUCGGAGACCCUGUUGAGCGCCGCAAGCAGCCGCUGUCAGUGGAGCUCGGACCGGGCAUCGUGGACAAUAUCUUUGACGGGAUCCAGCGUCCAUUGCAUGCAAUCAGUGAACUCACCAAGGACGUAUACAUUCCUCGUGGAGUCGAUGUGGCUUCAUUAGAUGCCGACAAGAUGUGGCGCUACAAGCCCGUGAACGUGCGGGAGGGCGACCCAAUUUCGGGCGGCGAUAUCUUUGGUCUCGUCCAUGAAAAUGACAUUUUGCACUCGCACAAGAUCAUGUGUCCCCCCAAUGUAUUUGGCACCGUCGUCAAGAUCUAUGGCGCUGACACGGACAAUCAUGAAGAAUUCACGCUUAAAGAUACGGUGCUCGAAGUGCACGACGACACCACUGGCGUUACGCACAAGCUUGGACUUGCUCACAUGUGGCCAGUGCGAAAGCCGCGCCCGGUAGCGGAGAAGCUGGCUGGUAACGUCGCUCUCACGACGGGGCAGCGCAUAAUUGAUGCUUUGUUUCCGUCCGUGUUGGGUGGAACGUGUGCCGUCCCGGGUGCUUUUGGCUGCGGCAAGACCGUCAUUUCGCAAGCUUUGUCCAAGCACUCGAACUCGGAUGCGAUUGUGUAUGUGGGCUGCGGCGAGCGUGGUAACGAGAUGGCUGAAGUGCUGAAUGAUUUCCCUGAGCUAACGAUGACUAUCAACGACCGUGAAGUGCCUAUUAUGAAGCGUACGACGCUGGUGGCUAACACGAGCAACAUGCCUGUGGCUGCUCGCGAGGCGUCGAUCUACACUGGCAUUACAUUGGCCGAGUACUUCCGUGACCAGGGCAUGAAUGUCUCGAUGAUGGCAGACUCGACGAGUCGUUGGGCCGAGGCUCUGCGUGAGAUCUCGGGUCGGCUGGGCGAAAUGCCUGCUGACAGCGGGUAUCCGGCCUACCUAGGUGCUCGCCUGGCUGCCUUUUACGAGCGUGCCGGUCGAGUGGCGUGUCUGGGUAGCCCGACGCGUGAGGGUAGUGUCACCGUCGUGGGCGCCGUGUCACCUCCAGGCGGUGACUUCUCUGAUCCUGUGACAGCGGCGACGUUGAGUAUCGUGCAGGUUUUCUGGGGCUUGGACAAGAAGCUGGCCCAGCGCAAGCAUUUCCCGUCCGUGAACUGGCUCAUUAGCUACACAAAGUACAUGCGUGUGCUUGAGCCGUUUUUCAACAAGAUCGACCCCGAGUACUCGACACUGCGUACCAAGUGCCAAGAGAUUCUGCAGAAAGAAGACAACUUAACGGAAAUCGUGCAACUGGUCGGCAAGGAGUCGCUGUCGGAAGAUCAGAAGGUGAUCAUGGAGGUGGCCAAGAUCAUUCGCGAGGAUUUCCUGCAGCAGAACGCGUUUUCCGACUACGACUACACGUGUCCAUUAGUCAAGAGCGUGGGCAUGCUGCGAUCGAUCAUUUUGUUCUACAACCUGAGUCAAAAGACCAUUGCCGACUCGCCACCCGAUGCCAAAGUGACGUGGGCACAGAUCAAGACGUCGAUGAACCCCGUGCUACAGAAGAUCAUCCAGACAAAGUUCCAGCUGCCCAAGCAACCAGAAGCCGAGCUCAAGGCUUUUUUCCGUGGUCUCGACGACGAGGUAGAGCAGGCUUUUCAGACGCUGUCGGACUAG